UACAAAGACCGUAGAUAUUUACGCUACAAAUAAACGGUCUUUAUUGCAUUGUGUUUGUUAUUAGUUUGUUGGUAAACGUUAAAUUGGUUGGUCGUGUCGUGGUUAGUAACGCGUUGCGAAGCAGUUAAAUUCCAUACGAAUAAAUAUUUAUUACUUAGAAUUUAUUUAUUUUUACAAAGUAAAUAUUAAAAACAUGGUGAUUUUUAAAUGUUGAAAUAUAAACGAUUAACAAACAGAUAAUUUCCUUUUGUAAUUUAAAUAAAUACUGUAAUAAAUAAUAUUUAAAUGACUUUUAAAUUAUAAUUUAGUGAAAUUAUGCUUUAAAUAUAAAACGCACCCACCUUUCAAUAAUUUGCUUACGACACGUAAAAAAAUGAAUUAGAAAAAAAGAGUUAAGAAAACACGUUUGCUUUAGCAGCUUGAAUUGAGCCAACUUCUUACGUUACGAGCGCUGUGUGUUGUGGCUUUUGUUUUUUUUUAACAUAAUUCGGUGUCGAAGCUUGAAGUGUUGCUUAUGUAUUUGUGUUGUGUUAUUUAAAGUAUAGUUUAAAUGUUACUCUAAGUUCUUCUGAAUUAUUCUAUUAAAAAUUAAUUAAAAUGGGAGAUUGCUGUCAAUCAUGUAUGGCCAGAAUACCAUAUGCCACCCUCAUCGCAACGCUUAUGUGCCUACUGGGUGUUGGCAUAUUUUGCGGCACGAUGUACCGAGGCGCUUCAUUAACAAUUAUUAUGUUGGAUCAAGUUUUUCAUCUACGCUUAAUUUGGAUUGAAGCAGUGCAAAUGAUUUUCGUUAUAAUUGGCGCUGGUAUGGCAGCACUUGGAUUUAUGAUACUCUUCGUUGGAUUCUUGGCAACUGGAGCGACACGUUACAAAGUCUACAGAGCGUGGCGUUCAAGAGUGGGUGGACGCAUUUCAUGUGCAGUGCUUAUGGGACUAACGUAUUUGUUAAACUUCGUUUGGAUUUUAAUCUUGUGCUUCCUGGUUAUAGUCACCUUCAUAUAUACCAUGUUUUGGAAUAUGUGCUCAAGUGUGGAACGAUCUCUUAGUUGUAUUGACCUAACUCAAUUUCAUUUUAUGUUUCCACCCCAAACCAAAUUAGAAGAUAUGAAAAUUUGUGAGAAAUAUGAAAUCAAGGCCUUUUGUAAGGACGGAGUGGAAAAUGCUGAGGUCAUGUUCAUCCUAGCUACUCUUGCUACACUCUUAGUUAUACUAAGUUUAGUGCAUUACUUGAUGUGCUUGGCGGCAAAUUAUUCAAAAAUUCGGGAUCAUGAAAAGUUUCAAGAACUGCAGGAAAUCCAAAAUUUGAAUGAACUAGAGUACAGUGCAACAUCGAAAGAUCGAUUCUAGGACAUAUUUCAGAAGAUUCAUUUUGAGCUUAAGGAAAAAUAAAAAUAGGGAACAAUAUCAAAUAGCAGAAAUACAGACAAAAACGAUACUAAACGAAAGCAAUCAUUUGACUUUUUAUUUAAUAUACAUUACAGCCUCUUCAUGUAUUAUUUUAUA